UAAUGACAGUCGACAUCCUGGAGAGUCUUCCAGGAGAUCCCGUCAUUCUCCUACUUCAGCCAAAGAGGAAGUUCAUUUCGAUCGUAGUCCGCAAAUUGAAGAAGUGAUCCUUCCAAGCCGAGAACCUGAAAUUCAGUGGCGUCGUCGCUCAGAAAUUCAGGUACAAGAAGAAGAAAAAGAAUAUAACGAUGAUGACACUAUGGAGAUCGAGGUGGUUCGUAUGGUCAGCCACGUCGAUGUUGAAGAGGAAGAUGAUGAUGGUGAUGAAGAAGACCAGCAAUCACAGCCGCGCGUACGUGUUUAUCGACGUCGCCACAGGGCUAGACCCAUUGCCAGCCAAAGUGCUCGCUCCUCAGAAGAAGGCGAUGAGGAAGAAGAAGAGGUCGGAGAAAACCCCUUCGCUGGUGAAGAUAUCACACUCGCUGAAAUGAGAAAUCAAAUGAGGCGACAGAUGCGAAGAAAAGACAGAGAAAUCUCUCAGUUAAAUGAUAAAAUGACUGAGAUGAUGACUCAAAUGACGGUCAUGAUGGAAAUGAUGCAGAAGACCACUUCUGUGGGCCCUGCACCGGCUCAGCCCGUCAACCAAGCUGCUAAUUCUCAAAAUCCUCAAGCGCCUCAAGCCUCAGGAGUGAAAGGUGUACCUGAAGGUGUCGAUAAAAAUGAUGACCUAACCCGCCAGCGCACUCCCCAAAAUGUGGCAAAUGCCUCUGAGCCUGUAACUGCGUCACAGCUAGAAGGCUUAAUCAGUGAAAAGAUUAAAGCCAUUAUAGCUGCUGAACAGGCAGAGAAGUUGGUAGGAAAGGGUCGCCCGUACCCAGCAGAGUACGAUCAGGUGCCGUAUCCAAAGGGAUAUUCUGUGCCGAAAUUCAAUAUCUUUGAUGGCAAUAAAAAUCCCAGACAGCACCUCGCGCAAUUCAAAGCUACCUGUGGGAACACAGGAGGCAAUGACGCUCUGCUAUUCAGGCAAUUCGUAAGCAGCUUGAGUGGAACUACUUUCGAAUGGUAUGCCGAACUGCCAAAUGAUUCACUGAAGACCUUUAUGGAGUUAGAGGCCUUGUUUGUGAAAAGGUUUGCCAGUGCAAAAGAGAAUACUACCAUUGCUGAUCUUGCCCUUGAUAAGAGGAGAAAAGAUGAGUCAAUAACAAGAUAA